AUGCAAACCCACUUCCUUUACAAUCUCGAUUAAUAGGAGUAUACUUUUCAACCUAUUAUUAGUUGGUAUAAACUUUAAAUAAAUAAAUAAAAAAAGAAAAAUCUAAACUCCUUUGCAUUUCUCCACCACCUAAAUAAUCCUGUACUUCUACAAGAUAUUCAACUCUUCUUCUCCGACGUCGUAAUAAACCUAGAAAUUCAUAUCUAUCUCUUCAAUUUUUCACCAUCUAUGGCAGAUUUUCUCCCCAAUUCUUCAUAAUCCUCCUUCGCAAAACCCUAAUAUUAUCACUGGUACCUUUAAUUUUCACUUUCGCCCAAAUUUUCUCUCCAUCAUGUCAACCACCGACGCCGACACUUCUGCGCCAUUGCUUCUUCCUCUUUCUCCUUCAAAUGGCGGCGAAGAUAGAUCUUUCCGUUCAAGGAGUCGUCGGAUUUCCGGAAGAGCAGGGUUACGUGGUGCGGCAAGGUUUCUUCGCCAGGCGAAUAGUCGAAGAAUGAUUUCAGAACAAUCGGUAGCAGUGAGAGAAUCAGCGGCGCAACAAAUUGAAGAACGUCAAAGUGAUUGGGCUUAUUCUACUCCAAUAGUUGUACUUGACCUUCUUUGGAACAUGAUUUUUGUGUUUGUUGCUAUUGUUAUGAUGAUCAUUAGCAGUGAUGAAAAUUCACAGGUUCCCUUAAGAUUAUGGCUUGUCGGUUAUGGAUUUCAGUGUGUUCUGCAUAUGGUUUGUGUGAUUGUGGAGUAUAAGAGGAGGAGAGAGAUGGCUAGACCUAGGUUCGGUUCAUCGGCUGCGUGGAGUGCUGGAGUGGGACCAAGUUCAGGGUCAAAUUUGAAUUUGAAUAUUGGUUCAAAUGGUUCCAGUUAUGUGAAUUCAAGGUCAAAUUCUAGUUCUUCGGUUAGUUUAGAAGGGGAAUCUAUGGAAUUUGCUGUUGAGCGACAUCAGGAUGAGGAUAAUACUAGUGUUGCAAAGCAUCUGGAGUCUGCUAACACAAUGUUCUCAUUUAUUUGGUGGAUUAUUGGCUUCUAUUGGGUAUCAUCUGGUGGGCCAACUUUAGCUGAUGAUGCGCCGAAGCUUUACUGGCUCACUAUAACAUUUCUGGCAUUUGAUGUGUUCUUCGUUGUUAUUUGUGUUGUGGUGGCUUGUGUUAUUGGCAUAGCUGUUUGUUGUUGUCUUCCAUGUAUCAUUGCAAUUCUAUAUGCUGUGGCAGAUCAGGAAGGAGCUUCUAGAGAGGAUAUUGACCGGCUGCCGAAGUACAAAUUCAGAAGCCUAGGUCAAAGUGAAAAAAAGAAUGGGGAAAUUCAAGAAUCAUUUGGUGGAAUUAUGACAGAGUGUGACUCUGACACACCUAUUGAGCAUGCGCUGUCUGCAGAAGAUGCUGAAUGUGUGAUUUGCCUUACAUCAUACGAUGAUGGGAGUGAACUACGUGAACUUCCAUGCCGUCACCAUUUCCAUUGUGCUUGCAUAGACAAAUGGCUACACAUCAAUGCUACGUGCCCCCUUUGCAAAUACAAUAUACUCAAGAAUGGUUGCCAAAGCAGCGAAGAUGUGUAGUUAGGUCACAUUCUCGUGACUCCACAUGAAAUAGCAUUUACGACAUUCUGUUUUACUCUUCAUUUGCGUGCCUGGUACAUAGCAUAUUUUCUGUAGCCGUCCAAGAAUUCUGUUGCUCAAGCUGCUCUACUGCAAAAUGUUUUGUCCUAUCUAUUAUGGAUAUUUGCAGUGCUUGUAAAAUUGUAUACUUUACUUAAAUAUAUAAAUGUUUUUGUAAUUCAUGGUCCUUGUGUAAAUGGGAAGUCUUACGCCUCUUGUAUUAUCAGAAAAUCUAACUGCUGAAACAAGGAUUAACAUUUCUUCUCCGUUCGACUAUUUAUAUAAGUGUCCAUCAAAAGCAAUAGUUGAAAGAAGAUCGGGCCAACAUAAUUUGAAGCACAUCCUGGGAAAUGUUUGAUCGACCAUCAGGGUAAGCAACCCGUAUGUGUUCUGAGAAAGGAAAAUCAAUUCUAGCACCGGUAUGUGACAUCUUGUUAUUAACAUUGAUUCCUGUCAACAUGAAAAUCUUGUUUACGAUCAAUAAGAUUAAACUUAUUGCUUGA